UGUGCAUGUAGAGAAGCAGCCGGAGGUUUGAGGAAUACGCCGCGGCUAAUGAUAGCAACGAACACAAACAGAGGAAAUAUUCAAAUCUUUGGUCUUCACCAGCACCCUGGAGUUCUAGAAAGCUGAGGGAGGACGUAUUUCUUCUGUUUUCCGCAUCAUUGCCCUUGAGCUCCAAGGACUCCGGCUUAUCCUGUGAAGUGGGAAGCGGCCUUCUUUUGUAGCCGGCUUCCCGGUGCAGCUCAAGCGGCGAGCUCUUUCAGGAGAGCCCGGUGCUUUAUCUGGCUUGUUUUCUUUCACCGACAGAGCCAACGGGGAUUUAAAUUAUUUUUUUUUCCCCUUUUUGGUGUUUUAACAGCAGAAAAAUCAGCUUUCGACCGUCUCCCAUCUUAUGUACCUAUAGCUGUUGGUUUUUCUAAUUUUAAAGAACAAGCUGGGGGCGGCCUGGUUUGUUUUCCAGCCGAACAAUAACAGAGCCUGCUGGGGCUGCACUGAAACCGGAGCCCCCGCUGCCCUGGAGUGGGAUAUUUAAUUGCAUUCUGUGAUACCUGCUCUGGACCGGGACGAGCAUGGCUGUGGGACUUGGGUUUGUCUCUGCAAGCCGGAGCUCUUCGUCACCGAGGUCUCCGUGUGAAUUUCAGGCUGCUGCGAGUUAACCGGCUGAAAGCAGCGGAAAGAGGCUCCACACCGGCCGGGCUUUGUCUCUUUAUAUUUCACGUGUUAUGGAAACAAACCGAGCUGAUGUGGACAAAUCGAGAUUUAAAUGCACGAUCGAGGCACUUGUGAACGUUUGUAAAACCUGAUCUCAGACAUGGUCGGGGAUGGGUUGGAUGUGACUGACCCGGGAUGUGGAACCUGGAUCUGUUUGCGCUCAGACUCUUAAUAAUGUYGGGUUUACUGACACAACACUGAGGUUAUCAUAUUCAUCUAUGCUCUCUCCAGAGCCACCGGACUCCCCCUGACAUAUUUUACCUCACAGUUUUAUCUCUGUCUCAGUGGGGUUUUUUUUUUACUCCUCUGUUUGUGGGGGGUGACUUUACAAGUCCUGACACAUCGUUUUGACGGAGCGGACCGUACAGGAGGCCCGGACAGCCAGCUGAGAUGAACCCGGUGAAUGCGACGUCUCUUUACGUGUCCGUGAGCCGUUCCGUGCUGCAGUGCGACCCCCGAGACCCCCGGGCCCUGGCGGAGCUCUGCAAGCUGCUGCCCUUCUUCCGACAGUCCCUGUCCUGCCUGGUCUGCGGCGACCUGUUGCAGGAUCCCAUCGCUCCCACCAACUCGUCAUGUCAGCACUACGUGUGUCGAAGCUGUAAGGGUCAGAGGAUGCAGCUGAAGCCGUCCUGCAGCUGGUGCAAGGACUACAGCCGCUUUGAGGAGAACAAGCAGCUCUCGUUGCUCGUCCACUGUUACAGGAAGCUCUGCCUCUACAUCACCCAGUCGCCGCUGGCGCCGCACAUAGCCAGCGCCGCCGGCGACUCGCGGGACCUGCAGGCGAUCCUCAGCGAAGGCCUCACGUUAGCCGAGAACGAGCUGGAGCCAGAGGCCGCUCCUGACUCGGUCGCGCCGUCUCAGAACGCCUCCACCUCAGAGGCGCUUCUGUCCGACGAGGCUCCGCCCAGGGAGGUGAAGCGUGAGGAGCGGAGCGCGGCGACCGUUAACGGACUCCAUGAUUGUAACGGUCUGCUCAGCUCUGACCUGCUGCAGCCCGUCACCGUAGAGGCAGGCGGAGGCGUUGCCAAACAGGAGAGCUUCUCGGAGGAYAUGCCGGUGUGCGUGAGCAUCACGAGCAGCGGGGGGGCGGGGCUUUGUGACAUCAGCGCCUUCGGAGACGAGCUGAAGCACGGCGGGGGGCCGUUGUUGUUGAGUGUGGAGGAGGUGCUCAGAACUCUAGAGACGGACACGGACCCCGAAUCCAUACCUGAGCCCACCCCCCAGCCCGACCACCACCCCUCUGGACCUCAGUUGAACCUCAACGGACCCCCGGGCCUCCACUCCUCCCACCUCAUCCACGAGAACAGCCACCGUCUCCUCCAGCCUCACACGCAGCACCUCCCUCGGCCCGCCGUAGCCGUCCCCCACGUCCCCCCGCGCUCCCACCGCAAGCGCUCCCGCUCGGAAAGCGACAGUGAGAAGGUGCAGCCCCUCCCCAUUUCCAGCAUUUUACGAGGGCCCACCGCCAGUGCCGUCUGCGCCCCCUACCACCUGAACCCCGCCACCGUCGCCACCAAACACGAGCCCAAGUUCUCCGCAGCCACACCUUACCCCCACCUCGUGCCGGUCCCGAACGGCGGCCCCCCUAAGGCGGACAAGACUGUGCUGAUCCCCAACAAGGCCCUGAAAAAGACUCUGGAGCACCACGGGGCCAACAAGAAAGCUUACACAAAGGCCAGGCAGGGGGCCCCCAAGCCUCGUGCCCAGCCCCGUGACAGAAUACCCCCUCACCCGCACCCCCACGCUCACCCCCUCACACACCCGCCCAGCCCCUCAAAGCCUCUCUAUAAAAAAACUGUGGAGAAAAAGGGCUGCAAGUGUGGCCGAGCUACACAGAACCCCUCAGUGUUAACCUGUAGGGGGCAGCGCUGCCCCUGCUACUCCAACCGCAAGGCCUGUCUGGACUGCAUCUGCCGCGGCUGCCAGAACUCUUACAUGGCCAACGGCGAGAAGAAGCUGGAGGCCUUCGCCGUGCCAGAGAAGGCUCUGGAACAGACCCGCCUCACGCUGGGCAUCAAUCUCACCAGUAUCACCGCGGCGGCCCUUCGUAGUCCCGCCAGCAGCUCCCCGGGCGGCACCCUCCUCAACGUCACCACGGCGACGGGCGCGCCCGUCUCGGCCGCCUUCCUGUCGGGGGCGGGGCACGACAACAGGAGCUUCGAAGAGUCACUGGAAAUGCGGUUCGACUGUUGAGCUCCCUUCCUUCCUCCUCCUCRUCCUCCUCCGGUCAGUUCAUCGGCACAUUCCAAGCCACGCCCACCCGGCGUUACCACGGAGUCGACCUGCAGGGGUGGAGCCAGAGCGCGGCAGCUACAGGGACGGGUCGACGGGACGGCCUUUCGUCCGUCGUCCCAAACUGCACGAUGCUUGUGGUCCAGAGAAGAAGAGACGUAGCGUCACUGCAGAGGUUUCAUUUCAGCAGAGAUGGUUUCCUGUUGUUCUACUGUGGGUGGAGAUCUGUAGAGCGUGUUGUGUAGCUAAGUCAGGCGAGCUAACCAAGGUCAUGCCUCUGUGUGUGCGUGUCAGAGUGUUGGUGAGGGACAGCAGUGACAUCAUCAUCGGACUGGUGUAAUUUAUAGUAAAACUUUUUUUACGGGGACUCCUCGGUUUCCAUUGAUGACAGAGUUUUAUAAGUUCCAAUAAUUAAAGAUGGAAUCUGCAUUCAACCAGACGGUUUUCACACUUUUAAAGGGUAGACGCUGUGUCGUCAGCUUCGCUCAACCACCAGGACUGAAGCAUUAUUUAAACUUCAGCUACAAAUACUUUCUUACAACUUUUCGAACGAGGAUGUGAAUUUUAACACCAGCCAAGGUUUGAUUAUGUCUGUUGAAUGUUUACUGUGUGAGCCACUGAAACUACUAAAUAUUACUCUAAGCUGUUGUAUACUUAAAACAAACGUGUAUUUAACCAGUAAAAUUGUGAAUUCUGAGUCAGCCAGCCACAGUGGCCUGACAACUAAACUAUCCCUGGUUUGCUUUGUUUGUAUGUCAGAGUUGCUCGUCUUUAGCAUUUGUGUGUGUGUGAAGCACUUUCUCACAUCGGUCACACUCAGCUUGAAGCCACCGUAUUUCUGAUCUGCUCUUUUGUGUGUUUAAAAACUCUGGUUGACUGCAGAUGCUGCAUGUUGUUUCUGACGAGAUCUCGUUGUUUCUGARGAGAUCUCGUUGUUUCUGGAAGCUACACGUGUGCUGCUAAUUACCAGGAAGAGCUCAGAGGAGGAGGAGUGCUCCUGUUUUCCUUGUCUUUUGUUCCUGCUUUUGUUUGUAUUCAGUUGCAUCCACAACAUCYGCAGUAUUUAUUGGACGUCUGCUAACACGGGGAUCCGCUGGUUCUUCCUGGUGAGUUUGUGGAUCCCAUCAGACCGUCAGUCUGAAACAGUCUCACUCAAGUUUGCAUCUUUUUCUUGUUACUUUCUGCUGUCUCCAAACUGUUAUUUUUGUUAUUGUUGUUGUUCUCCCUCUGGGCAUUUAAAUACCUGUAAUAUAAUUGUAACAUAUUUCCACAAAAAAGAAAAAAAUCAAAAUCUUAA